AAUCGAGAAUCACAAGGGUUUGUUCUGAAUAGGAGGCAUCUUCAUCGUCUUCUUUUGGUUGAUUCGUUCUGAAAACCCUUUGCGCAGAAAAACGAUGUCGUACGACGACGUGGAGAUCGAGGACAUGGAGUGGAACGAGGAGUUGCAGGCCUACACGUAUCCUUGUCCAUGCGGGGACUUGUUUCAAAUCACCAAGGAAGACCUUAAGCUUGGCGAAGAGAUCGCUCGUUGCCCUAGUUGCUCCCUCUACAUCACCGUCAUCUACAACAUCGAAGAUUUCCUCGCCGAUUCCGACCAAAAUCGACGAAACAAGGGUCUCGAACCUUCCAAGCACCAAACCGUCACCGUUGCUUGAAUGAAUUUCAGAUGCAUGAAACGAAGGGAGCAAUAGGUUUUGUCACUACUUCGAUUUAUCAUAGCAUCGCAUAUUGUUUUGAUGA